GCGCAGGAAAAUCAUGGGGUCCAGUUUCUUCCUCUGAGCCCUUCCUCCCUUUGCUGCUUUUAUCUCUCGUUUUCCUUUCCGAAAAAGGAAAGACGGCGGCCUAGAAAACGCGCGGCUGCCGCUCUUGCAGCUGCGGCAAGCAAGCCGCAAAGCUGUGCAGCGCCUAUAUAGCCGUGUCUCGGUCAGCUCCCUUCCCCGCAGCCACAAUAAUCUCUCCGCCUCGUCCUCGCCCCACCGCUUCCCCCGACUCGACUCCGCUCGCAGCUCCCCCGCCCACGUGACCAGCCCGGCAAGUUGAGCGCUGGGAGGGAACGAGCCAGCGCGGCCGACGCCGCAGCAACAAUAAGAGUGAGUGGCACACACUGUACUCGGGUCAGGAGAAGGGAGGGCAUUUCUGUGCCGCUCAAGCACUCCGGCCGAAGGUUUGGGAGGCCGUGGAGAGACGAAGCUGCCGCCGCCGCCACUGCCGCUCCUGCAGCCACUGCAGACAAGCUGCUUGCCCGCCGGAGCAAAAGCUGCUGCUUUGAGUGAAGCUCUCGUAGUCGUCCUUCCUUUGGUCCGCUCGGCCGCCGCUUGUUUGUGGGUGGCUGGACCGCCCCCUUGUGGGGCUCAACGGCUCCCUAUACGCCCCGCCGACCAGCGGCGGCGGAGAGGAUGGCGGAUCGGCUGUAGCUGUAAGAGCGCCCCGGGGAGCAGUCGCUUCCCCUGGAACAACGCGAAAGAGGAGGAAGCCAGCGGAGACUUGGCGGGAAACGAGAGGCGGAGAUGGCUAACGAGUCGCUUCAGAGUGACCCAGGCAACUGGUCAGUCCUGGAGCACCUGGGUCUGGACCAGAACUCAGAUUUUUCAGACACCAGCGUGCAACAGAAACUGGAUGAAGAGAAAGAGAAAAUUAAACGUGAGAUCCGCAAAGAACUGAAAAUAAAGGAGGGAGCAGAAAAUUUACGCAAGGCUACUACAGACCGUAAGAAUCUCUCCAAUGUGGAAAACUUGCUCAAGAACUCCAACCGCAAACUGGAGACGUUGCAUCACCACCUUCAGGACCUCAAUGCACAUAUUGUCGUCAAGGACCCUGAAGAGCUGGGGGAUGCCCCACAAUCACCAGGCAGCUUGAGUCGAUCAACAGCUACCAAAAGUCGUAUUGCUGGUCUGGAAAAGCAGCUCAACAUUGAGUUGAAGGUGAAGCAGGGUGCAGAGAAUAUGAUCCAGAUGUACGCCAAUGGUGCUGCCAAAGAUCGGAAGUUGCUGCAGACAGCCCAGCAAAUGCUACAAGACGGCAAAACCAAGAUAAAUAUUAUCCGCAUGCAGAUUCGCAAGGCUGUGCAAGCUGAUGAGGUGCAGCUGAAUAUGGAAGAUGGGCAAGGGAACACAGAUCUAAGCGCCAUAGAAUUGAGAAUUGAGGAGCUUCGCCAUCAUUUCCAAGUAGAAUAUGCUGUAUGUGAGGGUGCCAAAAACGCCCUGCGUCUUUUGAGCUCCAGCAAAGUUCAGGAUCGUCAUGCUAUUUCUGAGGCACAGACCAAGAUGAAUGAAUCAAGCCAGAAGUUGGAUCUUUUGCGAUAUUCUCUGGAGCAACGCCUGGCUGAACUGCCUGAAGAUCAUCCCAAGGCCUGCAUCAUUAAGGAGGAACUCAUCUUGGCCUCCUCUCCUACCUUCAGUGCCCGCAAUACCACCUCCUACCAGCAUAAUCAGUAUAAUACCCUAUCAAAGCCAUCUCCACUCACAGGGACCCUGGAAGUGCAGUUGUUCGGCUGCAGUGGAUUGCUGGAGGUUGUCCCAGGACGUACCCGUGGCUCCACUGUCUGCCUGCCUUGCAACAGUCCUGGUGAAGCCCGGCCUUCGUUCAUGAGCCGCAGUGGGCGAGGGCUUUAUAAUCGCAGUGGUAGUGUAAGCGGCAGGACCACCAUCAAAUCAGAAGAUACCAGCAAUGAAGUAAGUGCUGUAUUGAAGCUGGACAAUGGAGUUGUAGGGCAGACCACUUGGAAAUCUAUUGGCCUACAAGCUUGGAACCAGGUUUUCACAGUGGAAUUAGAAAGGUCAAGAGAGCUGGAGAUUGGUGUCUAUUGGCGUGACUACCGCAGUCUCUGUGCCCUGAAAUACCUCAAGCUGGAAGAUUUUCUGGAUAACGAACGCCAUGAAAUUCACCUGGAACUGGAGCCACAGGGCACUCUGUUAGCAGAGGUUAUCUUUUUUAACCCUGUCAUUGAGCGCAUACCCAAGCUCCAGCGACAGAAGAAGAUCUUUUCCAAGCAGCAAGGGAAAGCUUUCUUGCGUGCUCGCCAGAUGAAUAUUGAUAUUGCCACAUGGGUACGUCUCCUGCGACGCAUCAUUCCCACUGCCAGUACUACAGGCACUUAUAGCCCCUCAACGCAGAUGACUCCAACAUCUGGCUCAGAAAGUAGGCAUACCUCUGGGGACAUUGCCAUCGAGAAGCUGAAUUUGGAUGGGGAUAGAAUUCAAAUUGGGCAUUUGGGCCAGGAUGAUGCUGAGCUUCCUGGGAAGGUCUUACUGACUUCACAAGCUGGGGAGGAGGUCUUUCAGAUGGAGUUAGGUUCAGGAGGUGAGACUAGAGGAUCUGGAAGUACUUUUCACAGCAGCCAUCUGAGAAAAACACCUCUCACUAUGGAUGAUUUCCUGUUUGUAGCUGUGCUAGGUCGUGGGCACUUUGGCAAAGUGUUGUUAUCUGAGUUACACCGAACAAAAGAACUGUUUGCUAUUAAGGCCUUAAAGAAAGGGGAUAUUGUUGCAAGAGAUGAAGUAGAGAGCCUGAUGUGUGAGAAGCGGAUUUUUGAGAUUGUGACCCAAGCACGGCAUCCUUUCCUAGUGAACCUUUUCGCCUGUUUCCAGACACCCCAGCAUGUCUGUUUUGUCAUGGAGUACACAGCAGGUGGUGACCUCAUGAUGCAUAUACACACCGAUGUUUUCUCAGAGCCACGUGCAACGUUUUAUGCUGCUUGUGUUGUCCUGGGGCUGCAGUUUCUUCAUGACCACAAGAUAGUAUAUAGGGAUCUGAAGCUGGACAACUUACUAUUGGACACAGAAGGCUUUGUGAAAAUUGCAGAUUUUGGCCUCUGCAAAGAAGGAAUGGGCUACGCUGACCGUACCAGCACAUUCUGUGGGACACCAGAGUUUCUGGCUCCUGAGGUGCUUACAGAUACCUCCUACACAAGAGCAGUCGACUGGUGGGGCUUGGGGGUCCUUAUUUAUGAGAUGCUUGUAGGCGAGUCCCCAUUCCCAGGAGAUGAUGAAGAAGAAGUAUUUGACAGCAUUGUCAAUGAUGAAGUGCGCUACCCUCGUUUUCUUUCCACAGAGGCAAUUGGAAUCAUGCGCCGGCUACUGCGUCGGAAUCCAGAAAGGCGCUUGGGGUCUAGUGAGCGCGAUGCAGAGGAUGUGAAGAAGCACCCAUUUUUCAGAAGCAUUGACUGGGAAGCUUUGCUGGCUCGUAAGAUCAAACCACCUUUUGUGCCAGUAAUUAAGGGCCGUGAAGACAUCAGCAACUUUGAUGAGGAGUUUACUGCUGAAGCAGCUGUGCUGACACCACCCCGUGAAUCACGGCCCCUCACCCAAAAGGAACAGGAUGCUUUCAAAGAUUUUGACUAUGUCUCCAGUGUCUGCUAGCUCCGGAAGUGAGGGCAAGGCGAUUUCCUCAACACUGCCAGCUCAGUGAGGCAGAAUUCUGUUCCUCCAUUGACUCAAAGACACUUCCUAAUACUGCCUGCUAGCCCCAGAAGCGAAAUCCAGAAAAACCCAAUCACAUUGCUAACAUAAUGUGGAACCAGUAGUGUUCACCAAUGUAUGCCUGCUCUGGGAUUAGAAGGGCAAAUUCCAGUAAUAUUUCUGCAUUGCGCAGAAUGCAGUAUAAUUCAUGCAGAAAGUUGGGUACUUGCUGGCUCAAAGGGAGGGGAGGAAAGAGAAGGAAAGGGAGAAAGAAAAAUUGACAGCCAACAUAACUAUGUCAACCUGCAUCUUCAUGAAACUGUUAUUUGUCUACAAUGAUUCCCAAACUUUCUACUGGAACAAGCAAAACUAUUAGGAAUCCACCAGUACUGGAGAUGCUGAAGUCAAAGGGCCAUUCUCUGCCCUAACAUACUAUUGUGAAGGAUUUUUUAAAACCAUAUUGUGAAAAAAGGGGGGUUGCCUUUCUGAUACUAUUGCUGAAAUUUACUGCUUCAAAUUCUAACCCAGAAGGAAAAAGUGAAUCUCAUUCUGCAUCACAGCUUUCUGUCAGUAUUCAGUUAACGGUGCACAAACUCUCUUGGCUCGAUUUUGAACCAAUUCUGUAAUUCUGGGCUUUCUUGAUAACCAUUUACAAAAAGCUCUUGGUUUUUUUCCCCUCAAGAAUUAACUCCAGGUUCAUACGAUAGACAUAUGUACCGCUAGUGUAUGUGUGUAAAUUAUUAUCUUACCCUUUCUUGGAAUUCACAGGCUUGGUGCCCAUCCCAUGGUGGAAGCUGGGGUAGAAAACUUCUUGAAGUCCUAACUCUCAUACUCUGAACAAAUUUGUUUGGGUAUUGAUGAACAUCUAGGCCUAGUUGGGAAAUAAUUGCAUUAAAAUAAUUGCAAGAAACAAUCAAGAAAAUAGUGGCAACAAGUGAAAAAUUCUUGCUCGUGUGAUUCUUGUCACCAAAUUAUAGUAAUUUAAUGAGAAUUAUAUCACACUUGAACAGUGUAAGAACCUACAUACCUACACCUGCACAGCUAGUUUUCAGUUAAAUGGCCAAAAAACCAUACAUGCAGAGGCUCAUUUAAUAUUUUAAACUGGAGAAGGAUUUCUCAGGACAAAAUACUUGAUUAAGUGAGGGGAUAUACUUGAUUAUACAGCAAAAUCAUUGUGGAUUUCAGAGCAACAUGAACUCAAAUCCAUCAUUUGGAAAUGAUGACAAAAUUGUUUGGUUUCCAUUUUAUACCCCAGUUUUUUUGGAGAUCUGUAUACCAUUAUGCCAAGAGAGUAUAUCAGAUCUCAGGAGAAAAAGUGGUUUGGACACUUUCGGACAGAUAACUUAGACCUUUACAAUAAAAAAAAUAGCUAUUGUAGUUUAUUUUUUUGUAAUAGAUCUUCUGUAGUUAGAGAGAAAAAAGGGAGCUGAAGAGAGAGAAAACAGAGAAAAGUUAUAAAUGGACAGCAAGUACAUCAGAGCAAGAAAUGAAAUACGUAAGGCAGGAAUAGGUUUGUAUAACUCUGUAGACUAAAAUGUAGCUGGUUAAUUUAUGGUUCAGUGUGUUGUGCAAACUCGGUGAGAUUGGCUUAUGAUUUAAUAGAAGUCAGCCAUUGCCCAGACACAUCUUGCUAAUUUGUUAGUUUUAUCAACAAUUUUGCCUCUAGUAUUUGUAACUUUCACUAGUGACAAUAUACUUGUGCUUGUCCCAUUUUGCCAGUAAGAAGAUAUACUGUGCAGGGCUAGAUAGAGUUUUGAGUUAUUGCUCUGGCAAUUAAAUAUUCAUGAAGAAAGAGGCAAUCAGAAAGGAGAAGAUCUUUGCGGUGUGUCUAAUGAAAGCACAAUUCUUUUCAAAAUGCAACAUCUAUUACAAUUGUCCACAUUAAAAUAACUUCAUUAGGUUCGUUCUGCAUCAGGAUCACCUGUACUACAGAAUGAUUAGUUGCCUUUCUUCAGCCCUCAUUGGGAAGUAUUCUACUUUUUAUUAAUAUGACUUACUUCCUUACAGAUCAUCUGAAAUUUUUGAAUGCAGUUAUAGAGGAGCAUAAACAAAAAUUGCAAUAGCUCAAAUGCAAUACAUUAUCUUUUUUUAAAAAAAUAGUAUACUGUGCCUAGUAUUAUGAGUUAUGCCUGGAGUAAAAACAUUUUUAGAGGUCUCUGCCAUCACUUUGUGUAGAAAGAUUGCCAAAGUACAUCUCUUUAAAAUACAUUUGGUCAGGAGAUCAGAACAAACCUGCCAUUUUUAAGAAAGGAAAGUCUGAUUUGUUACAUAAAAUGAGACAGAACUUUUAUAUCUUUCUUUUUUUCUCUCUCAAAGAAGACUUUUCAAGUCUCAUGUAGUCUUGUACCGGAAGUGAAUUAUUGGAGCAGGCAAUAAUUUUUAUUUAAAGAAAGCAACAAAUAUUCCUUCUAGGCUGCUGUUUCAGAAGAGUAGAAGCAUGUUACUGUGUUGUGCAUGGUAAGGAAAAGGAAUAGUCACUCUAUUGGGAAGGAUUAAGAAUGACGCUUAGAGAGGAAUUCAAGCAUACAUGUGGUUUAUCAUUUAUCACAUGAGGUUUUAAUUUUUGUUUGCUCCUUCUGUACCUCUGUAUUACAUUACCAGAAGUGGACUGCACACAUCUGGACAACCACUAGAUAGCAGCAAAAGAUGCAGAAAACUUGAUUCUAGCAGUCAUCUGGAUUUUUUGCAGCUCAAAUAUGGCAGACCACUAGUUGCUUGCUUUUUUUUUUUAAUCAGCAGAAAAGAUGGAUGCAUUAAUUAUUUUUAAUUGCAGCACAGCCUGCUCUAAAAUCAGAACUUCAGGUUUCAGUCCUCCAUUAUGGAGAUAGUCCUGGUGCAAUCUAGAUCACAGAAAUUGCAGAGAAAUUGCAACAUGAAUUCUGAAGAAUAGCCUUUAUUAGCAGAAAGGGUUUUAACUUCCUGUGUGCCUCCUCUUCUGCCUUUUAGAUCUUUUCCAAGACAUGUCCAAUCUUAGUAGCUAUGUGAAUUUGUGCUAAGAGACACUAUCAUGCUAAAACUGUCUCGUUCAUUGAGUUUCCUUUAUUAUUGUUACUACCUCUGUUGCCUGACCAGGACCGCACUGUGUUAUAAAGCCUGAGUUUUAAACUGUAUACAUUUGACUACAAAUGUAUAGAGUUUAUCAAAAUAUUGGAAGAUAUUGGCAAAAACAAAAAUUCCUUUAGCUGAACAUUCAUCAUUCAAGAGGUAGGGCAUGUGAAGGGUAUUCUAGCCUUCCUUCAAAUUAGAUUCUCGACCAGGAAUGUCAAACUCAAGGCGUGGGGACAAGAUCUGGCCUGCAAAGUACUUAGAUCUGGCCUGCUGGGCCAUCCUGGAAACAGUGAAGGAACAGCCCGCGGUACUUCUGCCAGCACAAAUGGAGCUCAGGAGGGCCACGUGCAGCCUUCCUGACCUCUGUUUUCACUAGCAAGAGGGUUGCAAAAGGCUGUGGAAGCUGAAAACGGAGCUCGGGAGCCUGUUUUUGCUAGCAUAGCACUCGGGCCGCCACAGGUGCCCCCAACACGAGUGACAUCAAGCUAUCCAUUCCCAUCCUGGCCACGCCUAUCCUGGCCCUCUAAGAUCAAAUACAACCCUGAUGCAGCCCUCAACGAAAUCGAGUUUGACAUCCCUGUUCUAGACCCACAGUCUUAGUUCUACAGUGGCUUUGGCAGCAGAGGGGAAAUUAACACUUGUUUCCAUAAGAAUGAAUGUAAUCUGCUGGAUGCAGAGUACUAAGACCAAAUUCCUCUUAAGACUAGAGAGUAAAUGUGUGCAUUAUAAUAAAGUGCAAAUAGUUUUUCAGGAAAGUUGUUGAAUUAGGUGCUCAUUCUCCUUUAUUGCCUUGUUACAAAAUAAACACCUUGUUUAUAAUGCA